AGAUAACUCUAAUGUAUCGACACGAAUAUGUUUUAUUCGCCGACAACCAGACCAGGCAGUAGAAAGAUUUUUACAGCGCGUUAGGUAUACAAUGUUGGUAUAAGGAUGUUACUGGAGGGUAAAGUUGCCCUGGUGACGGGAGGGGCGCAGGGUCUGGGCAAGGCUUUCUCCGAGGAACUUCUGAAGAACAAGGCGAAGGUCUGCAUAUGCGAUUUAAAUACAAAGACUGGAGAGGAAACUAUCCGAGAAUGGACCUCAAAAUACGGAAGAAAUGUCGCCAUGUUUCUACGCUGUGACGUCACUAAUCACGAUCAGUUUGAAGAUGUGUUUAAGAUGACGAUCGCUCGGUUCGGGGGAUUGGACAUUGUCGUCAAUAACGCGGGGGUGAAUCUGGAAAAUGAGUCCUGGAGAACGACAAUAAUGGUCAACGUGAUUGGAGUUAUAGAAGGGACCAAACUGGCAGACAAAUACAUGAGCAAGACUUCCGGUGGUCGAGGGGGCGUGAUCGUAAAUGUAGCAUCUACAGCAGGUUUGACCCCGGUGUCCUUUACGCCUGUGUAUGUAGCCUCCAAGUACAGUGUGGUUGGAUUCACAAGAAGUGUUGCUAUGAACCCUGAUGUCGGGAGGAGCGGCCUGAGGUUUGUCUGUCUGUGUCCGGGAUUUACCGACACGUCCAUGCUGUCAUCGGUAAUGAAGAGUGAAGGGAUAUCCGGAAAUAAACUCGUGGAAGAACUUUUAACAAGCACAGGCAUAAAUACGGUCGAGUUUGUUGUGGAAGGUUUCAUGCAAUUACUCCUGACCGACGACAACAAUGGCGGAGUUAUGGCCGUCACCAAACAGCGCGGCAUCCAGUACCACGGUCGGCAGCGUAAAGUCAACAAACUGUAGACCGUCACUGCCAACCACAGGUGCCCGCCGCCAAACACCAACAGGUGCCUGCCGCCAACCCAAGAGAAGGCAUUUGUACUUUCCAUGUACUGAAUAAUUGGCUUUUUGAUAUCAGAACAGCUGUGAUAUUAAUCUAAUUAUCCGAAAUAAACGUUAUUGAUGAUGAUGAUGAUGAUGAUGAAAAUGAUGAAUAACAGCUUUGAACCAGCAUUCAUGACCAUCUGAUACUUGAAAAUACUAUCCUCUCAUAUUAAUCAUGUUUUUUUACGCAAUCUAAAAGACAAUUUUGCAUAAUAUUAAAUGUAGUUUUAGAAUUCUGCAGCUACCUUGUAAUGUUUAUUUAAAUAUACGUAUUCAAAUAUUCAUGAAACUUCCACAUACAUGUAACUAUUUUAAUGAGAUUGUUAAAGACAAUAUUGGUAAAUGAUGUUAUUCUUUUUAUUAGGUUCUUAAUUACAUGAAUUCAGAUUUCUUGGUUUCUAUUGUAUUUUUCAGUCUUUUUUUUUUUUUGUAAAAAUAUAUAUUUGAUUAUUCUACGGUAUCUCUGAUAAGCAAUGAAAAAAUCGGUUAAGCGCAUUUUGAUGCUUAUGAUUAUACCCCAUCAUAGAGUUCCACUAAAAUUAUUGUCACGUGUAUAAUAUUUACAUAUGUAUCUAAAAAUACAAACUAUGAACAAACUUAUUUUUUAGGCAUAUUGAUUAACAUUAUUACAACUUACAACUGAAGGCAGCUAGGCUGGUACGCGAUGUAGCCCACGAAUCCUCUGGUUAUUCAUUUAUCCCCACAAAAAACCGUGUGACUAAUUGUUGGAAUAACCAUUUUGUGAGAAUUCAAAUAUGAUAUCUAAUGGACGGAAAGACUGUACUGUGGUUUGGUUUUUAAUGUAUUUCUCAAUAUCAUUCUCUUACACCUGGCCUUAACCG